CGCGCGCGCAGUUUGUGUUCCGUGGGCAGUGGGCGGCAAAUUGGUUCUUUAUUCUAUGGGGCGGCGUUGGUUGACGUUGUCGUUGAAGCUUUGGUUUUAUUAGUUGUCAACAUAGUCUUGCGCACCGACACGCAAAGCCCUCCGAUUAUGGCGAGUUCGUCCUCCGGCAUAGUCUCCGAUGACGACUCCGACGAGACAAGAACUUUCCUCCGGUCCAGCCCUGAAACAACGUCCAGGGCCUCUUACGCCGCUAGGCUCGCCGCCGAGGCUUCGCAGAUGAACACGCAAGCGGUAGAACUUGAUGUUCGGAAGGUAUUCGAUUACCUGAGGCCCAGCCGAGUAGAAAAGUUUCGGGAAGCGAUGGAUAGGUCCAUGCUCAAGCUGACCAUCUCAGCAGAGAAGGCCCAGAGUCGGCUGGGGGAAGGCCAUGAUAUAUUAGCCAAUAGGAAGUGGGCCAAAGAAUGCCAGUCCACGGCAGUCGCUUGUGCGUGACAUCGUCAACUGUAAGCGAAUCCGGAAGGCCACCAGUGAGGAAUUGACCUGGGAAGGCUUUGACUUCGAGAAGCUACGAAAGCAGCAGGAGCUUUUGAGCAAAGCAGCCGACGGCUUCGACGCAGACAUCAAAGAGUUGCAAGAGCGCAUCGGGCGUCUGUGACAAGUUUGGCCGAGUGUAUAUAUAGCCUUCGAGUGUUCUGUAUUCGUAAUAAAAUUAUCAGUUUCUUGUUAGUGUUACAAAGUGUGUGGUGCAAAUGUUUUC